AUGCCCGGCAAAGCCCCUUCGACCAUGAGAGCCUGGCAAUACUCCAGCACCAAGGGCGGGCUCGAGAAGAACCUCCAUCUCAACUCUUCCGUCCCAAUCCCUCGGCCGGGUCCCGAACAGUACUUGGUACAGGUCCUCGCCACUGCACUCAACCCUAUCGACUACAAGCCAGCCGAAAACCCGCUGAUCAACCGCUUCUUCAUCCGUAAGCCGGCUACGCCUGGCCUCGACUUCUGCGGGUAUCUGGUGAAAGCACCCGCAGGAUCGACCCUCAAACGAGGCCAACUGGUCUAUGGCGUGACAGGCACCAACCCAAUGGCCGGAGGCGCACUGUCUGAAUUUGCCACCACCCAAAAGAACCAAAUAGUCGCGCUUCCGGAUCACCUUGACCCGACAUCUGCCGCAACCCUCGGCGUGGCCAGCCUCACAGCUUUCCAGACCAUAGUGCCGCACGUCAAGGAAGGCGAUCGAGUGUUCAUCAACGGAGGCAGUGGCGGCACCGGCAUAUUCGGGAUCCAGAUCGCAAAGACACUAGGCUGCUAUGUGGCGACAACCUGCUCCAGUGCCAACGCCGAGCUAUGCAAAAGCCUCGGAGCAGACGAGGUCAUUGAUUACCGCAAACAGAACGUCGUCGAUGCCCUGAAAGCCACGGGUCACAGUUAUGACCACGUCGUGGACAAUGUUGGCCACAACAUGGAGCUGUACUGGAGGUGUCACGAGUACACCAAGCCAAGCGCCCUAUACGUGUUUGUGGCGGGUGAACUCUCUUUACCCCGGAUCUGGGAGACGAUCAAGCGGAAGUUCUGGCCUGGCUUCCUCGGCGGUGGGAAGCGCCAGGCCACAGGCUUCUUCGCACAAGCCAGACCCAAGGAGUUGGAACAGGUAGCUGCAUGGAUGAAGGAGGGCAAGGUCAGGACGGUCAUCGACCAAAAGUUCCCUUUCGACCAAGCACCCAAGGCCAUUGAGAGAUUAAAGACUCAGAGGGCCAGGGGCAAGAUUGUCGUCGAGAUUUCAUCCGAGGCACUAAAGAGUGCGUGGUCCAAAGAAUGA